CGCUUCCGGUCGGCGGAGCCGGGCGGCCGGGGGCGUUGGAGCGGCGGAGCGCGGGGAUGGCGGGCGCCGCGAGCGAGGCGCGCUUCGCCGGGCUGUCCCUGGUGCAGCUGCACGAGCUGCUGGAGGACGAGGCGCAGCUGACGGACAUGGUGCAGAAGAUGGAGGAGGCGCAGACUGUUCAGCUCAGCAAAGAGAUGACGCUGGCCAGCAACCGGAGCCUGGCAGAGGGGAACCUUCUGUAUCAGCCCCAGCUGGACUCACGGAAGGCCUGCUUGACCCAGAAGUACCAGGAGCUCCAGGCUCUCUUUGAAACCUAUCAGAUAAAGAAAACUAAACUCGACCAGCAGUCCAGCAGCGCUUCCCUGGAGACCCUGUUAGCGCUUCUACAAGCAGAAGGGGCCAAGAUUGAGGAAGACACAGAGAACAUGGCGGAGCAGUUUCUGGACGGGGAGCUCCCCCUGGAUUCCUUCGUCGACGCGUACCAGAGCAAGCGGAAACUGGCCCACACGCGUCGGGUGAAGAUUGAGAAGCUCCAGGAAAUGGUGCUGAAGGGGCAGCGACUCCCGCCGGCCCUGCUGCCACCCCGGACGUCCGAGCCGGCGCCCGUGGCCUCCCUGCCCUACCCCUCCACAGAGGCCAGUGGCGGCCCCUCCGCCGUGCCCCGGCGCGUCCCCCCACCCCCACCCCCCGUGCCUGCAGGACGCUUGGCCACCCCGUUUGCUGCUGCCUCGGGCUUGGGACAGGCCAUUCCCUACCCAGGGUUCCAGUGCCCGCCCCUGCCCCCCCGUGGGGGCCUCCCUGCACAGCCGGGGUUCUCUGCACAGUUCGUGUCGCCGUACCCACCAGCUCUCCCCCAGAGACCCCCACCUCGGCUGCCUCCACACCAGCCCGGCUUCAUCCUCCAGUGAGCACUGCAGGGACGCCCUGCCUGCUGCGCUGGGCUCCCACGGAGGCCGUGAGGCCUGCUGCUGUGCAGGGGACUAGGUACCUGGGGCCCGCCUGUCCAUCCGGUUCUAGAACUGAUUCUGUGGUGAGUAGAGGUAGAAGCCCCGGCUCCGUGCGUCCAGGUGGUCUGUGAGCGCC